CCUAACCUAACAUUUAUUUUUAAACGUCAAACUUGACAUUGAAACGUCAAGGGGUGUAUUUACUACUUCCAGUGGAUGUUUUAUUGAUCAAUUGAUAAUGUGGCCUGUGUUUUACGCCGCUUUAAGGUCUUAUGCGCCCUACAUAACCCUACCUUUUGCCGGAAUUGUUGGUUUGAUAGGCUAUAGUAUAGAAAACGCACUUUCCGAUAAAUAUACGCCGUAUAAUAAGUCUAUUGAAGAGCAGAGAAGAGAUAGGUUGUCUUCCGAUGACAAAUUACAGUCUGCCGGUCAAGUUGAGAAAUUGCAAUAUAGUGCUAAUGUUUUGGGUACCAAUUUAAGCCCAUCUUUGAGUUAAUUAUGUUAGUUUUAGUGUGUACAUAGAAUAAAGUAUCCCCAAAUAAAACAAUAUAUAUAUUUUUUUAUUAUUCACCUCUAUAUUUCAC